AUGAAGCUCAGCCGAGGCGAAGGCACCGCCGCAAAGUCGGCUGAUGAUAACGACGAGCCCAGAGUUCCUCCACCUCCUGCGACACCAUUAGACUUCCCUGUUUGCUGUCCAAAGGUGGAACCACUGGACGAAAAUGCCGAAGAUCUCGAUUUCGUGAAGCUGUUCAGCAAUAUUCUGAGGACUGGACCGAACCACAAGCAUCUUAAGGCACUCAAUGUUGAUGCGGCGAACAACGUCCCUCUUGACGAGCUCCUACCCCAACCGUAUCUACCACCGUCAGAAUGGGAGCAGGAUCCGUCAAAAUCGCGGCAAUCUGGACGUUCACCUACUAGGACACCGCCCCAUCCAACACUAAGCAACGGCGGUCCACUUCCAGAGCACGAGGCCUUCUUCACCAGACUAAGAGAGCUUGCUCAUGACAACGAAGAUGUCUUCCGUAACAUGCGCCACUUACAACCCAAGCCCAACCGGCCCCCUGCUCGAGUAUUUCACUUCCGCAAGUUCUGGGAGAACCUUUCCUAUAUAGCUGAGUACUGGGACGCUAGCGCGGACAACUAUUCCAAACCCACCGAAAACGACACUUCAUCAAGUGCAAUGGAUAUCGACGAUCUCGCCUCAGAAGCGCAAUCCUCGACUGCUGCACCACCCGAACAGACCACAGACUCACAGACCGAAGAGACCUACACCGGCCACCGCAAAGACACCGGCAAAAACAUGCCCGGCAAGUACCGCGAAGACACCGUCUUCGCCUUUGUAGAACCAAUAGUCUGGUGUUUCCGCUGCCGCCUCGAACACGCGCGCAUGCAGCCGAGAUUGAAAAUCCAAGGUAUGAUCCUCCCCAUCCCUCACAAUGGGAAUAUCUACCGCACUCCCGAGAAUUCACGGGAAGCACGCCGCGGCAUCCUCGAGGGGCCCCUCGCCGGUGUCUUCACGAGAGACCAAGUAACCUUCCGCCGCCCCGAAGACGCCCCUGGAGAUGGUAAACAGGAGAUCUUGGAUUUGUUGAGGGAAGUGGGAUUGAUGCUUAUGAUGGCGCAGAAACGGGCACGAGAGGGAACACAGGAGGAUGAGGCAGGGGAGAAGCAGUGGUGGGCUACGAAACCACGAUGGGGAGGAGGGCCUGGAGGGGAACUGGGGAUUCCGGAGGAGGAGACGGUGGAAGAGACCGUGCCUGUAGCGGACGGGGCGAGGAAGAGGCCCAGGAAGAUGAACAGGGCUGCGCUGUGGAAGGAGGUUAGGCCGCCGGGGACGAUGUGGGAGAAGGGAAUUACGUAUUUGAGGGUUGGGAAGGCUCAGGGGUGUGAGCAUGAUGAUGUGAGUCCCCUUUCUUGUGUACUAUCUACACUUGACCAUAGUUCAUUUCCUUUGAAGCGGGAAAUAUGUGCUGAUUGA